AAGAAGAAGAAGAAGGCCAGCGUAAUGUUUGUACUAGGAAACCGCUCAGAUUAGCUUGCUGUCUCUAGUGCCGACUGUAUUUUUAGUUCCCAGCUAAGGGCCGCCGCCCGGGACAUAUUGUGGCGCAGAAAGCGUGUUUAGUUUCCCUUGUUGGAGUUGGAAGUAGCAGCCAAACGCCAUUAAGUUAAAGGAAGCCAUACAUUUGUAAGGAGAGACAGUGUUACACCUCGGUAAGGGUAAACCAGUUAAGCACGGCUAAUUAGCUAGCAAUAGUUUGUGUCUUCGGCGGCUCGGAGGAUGUCGUACAGGAAAACAGUGAAACUUAUUUGUGGGCUUGCCGGAGGCUCUGCCGCCCUGGUGUUCGCGGCUGGCGUUGCUGAGUCCCGCGGAUACUUCGGUGAGCCGAGUCGAGAGGCGACCAGCCGGUGGUCGAGAUUCAACGUUGUUCAAGCUGCGCAGCCGGCGUGGACACCUGCCAACCACACACCAGCCCCGACUGGACAAGCCUGGGACUUCAACUGGGAUAAGAGAGAUCCAUCUGCACUGACCAAUGGCAAGAAGAAAGAAAAUGUAACUGAAGACCCCAGCUCCGAGCAGGACAACGGCAAACCUAAAGCUACACGCAACAUUCUUCUCAUCAGACACUCCCAGUACAACCUGAGUGGGAUCACCGACAAGGAGAGGAUCCUCACUCCAUUAGGUCGUGAGCAGGCUGAGCUCACAGGCAAGCGGUUGGCAGCUUUGGGACUCAAGUAUGAUGUUCUGAUCCACUCCAGCAUGGCCAGGGCCACAGAGACGGCAAAUAUUAUCAGCAAACACCUCGCAGGUCUAGGAGUGGAGCUGGUGAGCUGUGACUUGCUGAGAGAGGGUGCACCUAUCGAGCCAGUUCCACCUGUCACCCACUGGAAGCCUGACGCUGUGCAGUACCAUGAAGACGGAGCUCGCAUUGAGGCAGCCUUCCGCCGCUACAUCCACCGGGCUGACCCCAAGCAGAAGGAGGACAGCUAUGAGAUCAUCGUGUGUCAUGCCAAUGUCAUCCGCUAUUUUGUCUGCAGGGCUCUGCAGUUUCCUCCAGAGGGCUGGUUACGUAUGGGUUUGAACAAUGGCAGCAUCACAUGGCUCACCAUCCGACCUAGCGGCAGGGUGGCCCUCAGAACUCUGGGAGACGCAGGAUUCAUGCCCCCAGACAAACUAACAAGAACCUGACAACCCAGACGCAGCAGGUUUCUGGGACAGUCAGUUGGUUGCAGCAGGGUCGAAGCUCAGAUUUCUCCUUAAGUGUCUUGAAAAUUACUUUUGAUGUUAUUUUAUUUUAUAGUUGAACUACCAUCAUGUAACGAGAGACUCUGUGGUUGUGAUUACUUCCGUGCCAUAGAACGCCAGCAGAAGUGAUCAGCAGCUGCUCCUGAAUGUAACUGAGGAUUUUUACACAAGUGACUGAUUUUUAAACCAAAAAAAGUUGUAUUUGUAUAGAUGUUGUAAAUGCUCUUAGCUGUAAAUCUGUCAUUACAGUAUGCUGACGUGUGAGGAUUAUUGUGUCGUAUGGUACAGCUGUAGUAAAUAAAGAUGAUGAAUGCAUAA